CGCUCGCAUUGUACCGUGAACGCAUCAGCAUGUGCAAACAACAAGCUAAGUACCCGACAGUAACUGAUAACCGUUACAGGGAUCACCUGCACGAGGACACUAGCGCCACGCUCUUUUUUCUUUUUUUUUAAACUAAAGAAACGUUUAUUUCUACAGCAGUAGUUUAAGAAAAACCACCCAUGACCUUUCACCUUUUACAGCGUUAGUUCGGAGCAGAGAAUGGGCGGAAGACAUGAUCCACCUUGUCGCGGAGCGGGCCGACGGAGUUUAACAACGAAGCAGCGAGCGGGCGGCGGAAGGUGAACCCGAGCUACAGGUGUGAUGGCAGUUGGAGGGCUGACGACCGCAGAUGCGUGGCUUUAGGGGUGCAGCGCUGCUCUAGCCGGCACCAUGCAGCAGAAAGGUGCGAUCAAAAUUAUAGAAUGGGAGGACCUGGACAAGAGGAAGUUCUACUCCCUGGGUGUGUUCAUGACCUUGACAACCAGGGCCACCGUCUACCCGGCCAGCCUCAUCCGCACCCGGCUCCAGGUGCAGAAGGGGAAGGCCCUUUACUCCGGCACCUUUGACGCUUUCUGCAAGAUCCUGCGAGCCGAGGGCGCGCGAGGCCUCUACCGCGGUUUCAUGGUCAGUACGCUCACGCUGAUCUCGGGACAGGCUUAUAUCACCACCUAUGAACUCGUGCGCCUGCAUGUGAGCCAGUACUCGCCCAGUAACACGGUGAAGUCGGUGGUGGCCGGAGGGGCAGCGUCCCUGGUGGCCCAAACCAUCACGGUGCCAAUAGACGUGGUGUCCCAGCAGCUGAUGAUGCAAGGACAGGGGGAGCACCUGACCCGCUUCAAGGCCAAACCCAAAAUGAUGCUCGCGACAACCAAGCGCAGACUGAUUUUCGGGCAAAGCCGCGACAUCACGGUGCAGAUAUUCGCAGCCGAUGGCUUUAAGGGGUUUUACAGGGGCUACGUGGCAUCGCUUCUCACGUACAUCCCAAACAGUGCACUCUGGUGGCCUUUUUAUCAUUUGUACACAGAGCAGCUGUCCUUGUUGGCGCCAAGCGAGUGUCCCCAUCUAAUUCUGCAGGCUUUGGCGGGACCAAUGGCGGCGGCGACCGCCUCCACCAUCACCAACCCCAUGGAUGUUGUUCGCGCUAGAGUACAGGUGGAGGGGCGCUCGUCUCUCAGAGAGACGUUCAAGCAGCUGCUGGCGGAGGAGGGCGUCUGGGCGAUGACCAAGGGGUUGUCCGCCCGCAUCAUUUCCUCCAUGCACACGUCGGUGCUCAUCGUCGUGGGAUACGAGACUCUGAAGAGACUGAGCCUGCGAGACGAUCUGGUGGACUCCAGACACUGGUGAAAGGCCAGAAGGGAACCAGGACCGCCUCGUGCCGGGCUUUGCGCGCACACACACACACACACACACACACACACACACACACACACACACACACAGCAGGGCAGGAACAUUUCACGCACCAGCCUAAGAUUGUCACUUGAUGCAGCUACAGUUCACAAUCCAGCUAGGUUCAGUUUUGUUUAUAUAAAUAGUUACUCUGCAAUUAAUCACAGUACGUUUUGGUUUUUAUAAGAGAGUUUGUGACAGAGCCAGUCAAAUGAUUUUUUUCAAUAUACCAAAAUCUGCACACACAAAUGCCGUCUCUGCUCGUCUUGAGAAGUUUGAUUUCUUAUGUGCAUUCCAGUGAAAAUGUUGUGCAGAGGUGUGAACCACCUGUUCAGGAUCUCACCUUUCUUUUAAAUUUUUUCUUUUAGUUGAGGCAUAAAUUAAGUAAGAAUAAGAUUUGUUAUUUAAUGAGAACAAUACUGAUUCUGUACAUCUUCCAAAUGUAAAAAAAACUUCAGUUAAACUGCCAAAAGAAUAUAUAUUUAAAAAAAACAAUUUCAAAAGGUCUUUGUAACCUAAAACCUUUCUGUAAUAUAUGAAUCCGUGUCACGUGAUUUUAAUUACUAGCUGUCUGAAGUCAGGUUUGAUUUAAUUGUACUAGAAGACAAGUCUUUCUGCUUCUUGGCGUCUGUGUGAAUGUAAAGUACAAAACAACGUGGAGCUUGAGAUAAAGAAAGCUACAGGAUCAAAUCGCUUAACAAAUUAUUUACAGCGCUCUGAUCACAUCGGCAACUGUUUGGUGGCCGGACCGAAACCACUGGGAGAUGGUUUGCUUAAAGCUGACACACCAGCAGACACGAAUGAACUUCAGAUUUCACUUUCACAGAGCGUGAGGUGCAUCAACAAGGCCGUGUUUAGACACGACUAUUACUGCCAGGGAUCUCAGUGAGGUUUGACACUCUCUGCUCUUUCUUUUGCAGUUACAGUUUCUGAACUGAUGUGAUUUGAUUCUGAAAAGCAAAUGUAAAAUAGACCUACCUGUGCUACACGUGUAUUUACCGACUACCUGCUUGCUGUGUGCGCAGUAUCAACAAAUUGUUAAAAAGUACAGUUUAAUGCGUUUCAAGCUUCAAAGUUAAUAAAGAAUUCUGAAUCACC